AUGGUCCGAACCCGAAAGCGACAGGAAUUGGCGCGGGUGUCGUUGGUGAACGAAGAUGAAGAGGUCGUUGUGGACAUGUUCGUCAAGCCGCGUUCGAAAGUGAUCGAUUACCAGACCAAGUACUCCGGCAUCACCCCGCAGCUCCUCGAAAACUGCACCAACGAUCUCAACUCGGCGACGAAGACCAUCAGGAAUUUUGUCAAGGCAAAGGAUAUUCUCGUUGGCCACGAUAUCAAGAAUGAUUUGAAGGAACACAGGGGCGCAUAA